AUGGCCCCUCUUGUGCUCAUAACCGGUGCUACCGGACUCAUUGGCUUCCGAGUACUCUUGGAAGCACUGAACAAUGGAUACAACGUCCGCUUUACAGCUCGCUCUGGCGAAAAAGCUGAGAAAGUCACAUCCAACCCCCUCAUCCAGGCCCUUAGUCCUGGGGACCGACUGUCAUCCAUCAUCAUGCCCGAUACAACAGUAGACGGCGCCUUUGACGCCGCGCUACAGGACGUUACAUACCCCACAAUCAAAGGCGUAUCCAACCUUCUGGCCUCAGCGAUGAAAGUCCCAAGCAUCAAGCGAAUCGUGAUCACAUCCUCAAUCGUCGGAAACAUGCCCCCAAUCCCCGACCCAUUUACCACUGUCACUGCCGCAUCACGGGUCCACUUACCCGGUCCUCCUCCAACAGGCUUCCCCAAUCUGUUCGAAGCAUACGCAUUGGCCAAAAUCACUGAAGCAAAUCAGACAGACGCGUUCGUUGAAAAUAACAAUCCCCAUUUUAGUGUGGCACAUAUCAUGCCCGGCUAUGUCUUCGGACGCAACGAGUUGGCUCUUACUGCGGACCAGGUCCUUCAGGAAAAUAGCUCAAACAUGUACCUGAUGGCCUGUAUAACGGGCAAAGAGAUUCCGUUUCCGCUGCAUGGUGGCUAUGUCCAUAUUGAUGACUUGGCCGCUGUUCAUUUGAAGGUACUGUGUCUUGAGCCAGGACCGGAAACUCCUAGUAAUUUCGGUGCUUGUACCAACAUUGAUUACUCUGUUAUCUUUGGUUAUAUUGAGAAGGCCUUCCCCAAUGCGGUUGCAGAUGGGACAUUUAAGCGUGGAAAGCUGGCUACUUUGCCUAUUGCCUACGAUUCGAGUGAGACGGAGAAGAGACUGGGCAGAAGGCUCCGCUCGUUCGAGGAUGCUGUCGUGGAUGCAGCGAGACAAUAUCUGGAGAAGCUGGGUAAAGAAUUGGCAUGA